CAUAAGCACCUUAGCACAGAGAAAAAUGUCAACAUCGCUUAAACUUCCAUGGAAGCUUCAUAUCCUCUUUUAUCUCAACUACUUCAUCAAAAAACUGUGUGUUCGAUCAAAUGGAACCCUGAACCGCCGCCUUCAUAACCUCUUUGACCUCAAAAACCCACCCACCAAAACCCCAAAAAAUGGUGUCUCAACUUCUGACACCGUCAUCAACUCCUCCCGGAACCUCUGGUUCCGCCUCUACACCCCUCAGGGUGGAGAUAAUGAAGAGACUAGUAACUUUCCCAUCAUCAUUUAUUUCCAUGGAGGUGGGUUCACCUUCUUCAAAGCUGAUUCGUUUGCUUAUGAUAACUGGUGCAAACGGCUCGCCGUUGAGCUACAGGCUGUGAUUAUCUCAGUGAACUACCGUCUCGCCCCGGAACAUAAGUUUCCGAGCCAAUACGAGGAUGGUUUCGAAGCGUUGAAGUUUCUGGGUGAAAAUUUUGAUAAACUUUCGAUAAAUGCUGAUCCGGGAUUGUGUUUUAUUGCGGGAGAUAGCGCUGGAGGGAACUUAGCGCAUCAUGUUGCCGUAAAAGCUGCGAAGUAUGAGUUUCAGAAGGUGAAACUUAUCGGAUACCUGGCGAUACAGCCAUUUUUUGGAGGAGAAGAGAGGACUGAAGCUGAGAAAUGUAAUAGUAGAGCUCCGGUUUUGACAUUGGAGUCUACGGAUUGGUUUUGGAAGGCGUUUUUGCCAGAUGGGUCGGACCGAGAUCACCCAGCGGCUAAUGUAUUCGGACCCAAAUCAGCAGUUGAUAUGUCUCAGGUUGAGUUUCCGGAAACGUUGGUUUUCAUUGGAGGGUCUGACAUAUUGAAAGAUUGGCAAAGAAGGUACUAUGAGGGGUUGAAGAAGGCAGGGAAAGAAGUGCAUUUGGUAGAGAUUCCAGGAGCAUUUCAUGGAUCUUAUGCUUUCAAGGAGCUUAAGGAAAGUUCUUUGUUUGUGAAAGAGAUUAAAAUAUUCAUGAAAAGGAUAUUGACAGAUUGAGAGUCCUGUUAAAGCGGGGUGUUGUUGGUAUAUUGUUAUAAUUUUUAGAGUGUAAUUGUUUUGUAGUGAUGUGGCAUUCUGAUGACACGUAGAAGUCAAACUUGGAGUUGGCUGGUCAAAGUAAUUUGUUAAGACAAGAGGGGCAGUUCUGUCUUUUCCCUUUGUUCCAGAAACCUAAAUCGAAUUAGGUUUUGU